UCGGGCGCGAAGACCCGGCUCAUGAGUGAGAUGAAAGCGCUGCAGAAAGAGAAGUGGAUCAACUUUGAAGAUGAGCCAACCAACAUUCUCAAGUGGCGUUUUGCGCUCAUGGUCAUCAACUCGGACAGCGCCUUCAACGGCGGCUACUUUAGGGCCGAGAUGGUCUUCACCGAGGAGUACCCGUAUCAGCCGCCCAAGUUCCGCUUCUUGAUCCCCAUCACGCACCCCAACAUUUACCCGGAUGGCCAGCUCUGCAUCUCGAUUCUGCAUACGCCAGGCGAGGAUCUCAUGUCGGGCGAAGACGCAAGCGAGCGCUGGUCCCCGCUGCAGGGUGUCGAGAGCGUUCUGCGAUCCGUUCUGCUGCUGCUCGACGACCCUGAGAUCAAUUCCCCUGCCAACGUUGACGCCGGCGUCCUGUACCGCGAUCAUCGGGCUGAGUACAACCAGAAAGCGCGUGAGACGGUCGAGCUGUCCAAAAAGGAUAUUCCCGCUGGGUUCGAGAUGCCCAAAAGCUUCGAUUCUACACCGCCCCCGAAGCCCGAGAAUGAUGACGACUUUUGGGCAGAGAGUGAUGGCGACUUCGACUUUGGAGGCAGCGAUACCGGCGAUGAGGGCGAUGAUCACGAGAUGGGUGAUUUCGAAGAUGAUGAUGGUGCGGAGGAAGAGGAGCACGAAGGCAGCGAU